AUGGAGAGAAGAAUAAAUCUAUCAGAUUUGGAAGUCCUUCAAACACUUGGUACAGGAUCAUUUGGAAGAGUUCGGCUAGCUCGUAUGAAAACCUCAGGAGAGUACAUUGCUCUAAAGAUACUAAAAAAAUACGAGAUUCUUAGAAUGAAGCAAGUCGACCACGUGAUUUCAGAAUUUUCUAUACUUCGUAUAAUACGCCACCCUUUCUUGGUGAACCUAAUUGGUUACACUCAAGAUGACCGCUAUCUCUACUUAGCACUUGACUAUGUUCCAGGUGGAGAGCUUUUCAGUUAUCUCCGCAAUGUCGGAAAGCUGGAAAACGAUCAUUGUCGUCUCUACGCUGCCCAAAUUACACUGAUGUUUGAAUAUGCACAAUUAGAUUAUGUUCUAGAUAAAAAUCGCAUUUAUUAAGUCAAGUUUAUUCUAGUAAAAAAAUGCUAUUUGAUUCAAAUUCAAGCUAGAGCAGAAUAUAUGCAUUCACUAAAUAUCGUUUAUAGAGACUUAAAGCCAGAAAAUUUACUAAUAGCUUAUGAUGGCUACUUAAAACUUACAGAUUUCGGCUUUGCAAAAACAGUAGAAGGCCGAACUUACACUCUUUGUGGGACUCCAGAAUACCUAGCCCCAGAAAUUCUACUUAAUAAAGGACAUGGAAAACCGGUUGAUUGGUGGACCUUGGGAAUUAUUGUUUAUGAGAUGAUGGCAGGGAUUGAUCCCUUCAGUGAUGAAGACCCCAUGGCAAUUUAUCAAAAAAUCCUCAAAGGAAAAGUAAAGUUUCCUCGAAAUUUUGAUAAAAACGCCAAAAGUCUAGUUAAGCAUCUACUAGUCGCAGAUUUAACCAAGCGAUAUGGAAAUCUUAAAAAUGGGGUUGGCGAUAUAAAGAACCAUAGAUGAAAUGCGGGGCUGGAUUGGGUAAGACUACUGCAAAAGCAAAUAGGCAUGCCCUAUAGGCCAAUAGUCAGAGCGCCUGAUGAUACAUCAAACUUUUCGCAUUAUCCAGAUUCAGGAACAAUGUCACCACCAGUAAGAGCUUCAGAUGAUCCUUUUAUUGACUGGUAA